ACCACAUUUUUUUCUUCCUCCAUGCAUGCUACAUACCUCUACCAACGCUGCCUUUAUUUCUAUGCCUCUACUCUAAACGAGCCUCUAAAGACAAUCUAUAGAGGAGGUCGUGCUAAAGACUAGCCAGCUUCGGAUGGUUUUAGGACCACAUGGAGGAAGGUAGGACCGAGACGUUUUAGUGUCAAUUUACGCGUGUCAAGCCUACAGCCGUGCUGGUAAGAUUGAUCCAGGUUAAGGUUGGGCUAGCAUAAAGAUGAUUUUCCCACCUCAUGUACAGCCCUUCGACAGCACUUCGGACACGGAAUUCAUUGAAAGACAGCUGAGGGCAUGCUUGUACCAGUGCAAGCAGCUUAAAUGGGAUGGCAAUGCUUAUGGAGAGCAUUCCUGGGUCAAGGAACUGGCACAGUUGCUCAGCCACCGUGGUUUUUUAUCACACAAGAGCCAGGCAGUGCGACAGUUGACAGCACACUGCCAUACCUAUUUGAUGGUGUUAACAAUCAAUGAUGUGCCAUACAGCUGCACCAGUCUCAUGCAGGUGUUGCGGUUGCUAGUGGAUGAGCUAGCGUUGCUACAUGACCACACUAGUCCAGCACAUGACGAGCGCCGCAGUAUGUUUGAGACAUUAGGUCGUGAGAAACUAUUUAUUCUUAUGCAUCCGAAAGGGCGGAAGUUUGGUGCCAUCAUUCACAACUUGGUCAUUGCCCUUUAUGACGCUGUCAGCCAAAGCCUCCACCUCAUUUCCGCAGUUGGGGAGUUUCUCUCACCAAUACUAAAUAACCUCGAGUUACCAAAUGAGACACUGGAAUAUGUCUUUCAACACCUAAUUCUACCUUUAAAGGAAAAAAAGCCUUACUGCUAUUCGCUUUCAAAAGACCUUGUAGAGAAUGCAUCUUUAUCCCUGCAAGCGACAAUAGAAAAGUUGCUACAUGGCCUGGUGUGCAAGCACAUUAAGAAAAAUGUGGGUCACGUGCAUUUGGUGAGAACAAUGUACCUCCUUCAUGAAGUCAUUUUCAUUUGUCCCAUGGCUGCACCACUUGCCUUCUCCGAACUGGCAGAGAUGAUUCAGUCUCAGCACUCUUCUGAACGGCUUGCAGCGGUGCAGUUACUGAGUUAUUUGGCAUCAAAUAAAUCGCUUAGCAUGGCUCCUCGCAGCAGGUAUAUGUGCCAGCUAUACUUAGAAAGAUUCAACGACUGUGUUUCUGGCAUCAGGGAAGCAUGUUUGAAAUUUUCGUCAAGCUUUCUAUGUUGUCCUGAGUUUGCUGACAGUGUGCUCGAGACUUUAGCAAAAACACAGGCAAGCUCCAGCAGAAGUGUAAGGCAUAUGGUUAUUGAAUCAGUCACAAGGGUGGCUCUGGAGGACUCCACUAUCAUCACAGACAAGCUGAUCGUCCUCCUUGCAACUAACACACAAUACAAUGCCUCUUCUAAAAUUCGCCGAAAAGCUAUUUAUAGCCUUGGAAAACUUUACAGAAGCAUUGCCUUGGAUCGAUUGUGCCCCCCAAAGUUUAUUUCUAAAAUUUCCAAUAUCAUCAUGGAGGCAUAUCAGACUGCAAAUACCAGUGACCGCAUGGCUGUAGUAAGGUCAUACUCUCGGCAUCUCGUGCCGUUGUCACUGUCUGGGUCAUACCGCAUGGAGCUUCUGCACAAACUCUAUUGUGACCUUGAUGUGAAAGCACUGAAGUCAUUUAUGCAGCUGCAUAAGAAUAUGCUAACAGCACAGCUACAUCUGAGGGACAUUUUAGAGAAAGUGUUGACAGCAAAUACAAGAACUCCCUGGCACUCGGGUUAUAGAGGCGCACGGCUCGUGGAGGAGCUAACGAGAGACAGUGUUGAAUGUGGCAACUUGCUCGACGCACUACGUCUCCAGAAAUCAUCGGAGAUUGCUUCUAGUCGGGAUGCAAUAUUGAAGAGCCUCGAGGACAGAGGAAGCAGAGUUUUGGCUGAGGCAAAGGAGCUUUUCUGGACAGCCACUUUAGCCGCACUGAGUGAAGAUGAGUUCAGACAGCUUUUGGCUUUUGUUUCAGAGCAGAAACCUGCACCUUAUACACACAAGGAGCUGCAGCUAUUCAAGAUUUUAUCGCUAGUCUUCCCGUUGUCCUGUGGCCAAUGUGACUACCUGUCGGCAACGCCUAAUGAGCAGAGUGACAUGAAUGAAGAAGAUGCAUAAAGUUGCUGACAGCCUUCAAAGAUGUGAGUGCAGCCACUGCAGAUCUUUUUUGUUUCAAGACUUCCAUGACAAAGAGUGUGUGUUGUGUGAGCGCAACUGGUCAACAUCAAGGUACCAAAGAUAACAUCAAUGGCCUUCAGUUUUUUCUAAAAACAUGCACAACAAACAGAAGAGCCAAUGGAUAUGCCACCUGGAAAGCACAAUCAAAUCAACACUUUCUGCAAGAACUAAAUGCUCUCCACAAGGUACAGGCGCUACCAAUGGCCAGCAAAAUUUCCAGAAGUGCCAUUUGUCAAGCUUAAAGCAAGAAAAUUCCAGUCGUCUCUAAUUGCACCACCAGUUUCAAACUCUGAGCAAAAGUGACUAUAUUUCUUUUCCUAACAUCUAUGUGUAUAUGAAAUGUCCAGAUUCAGUUGUGUACAAAAUAGUAAUGUUGUUGAUUAUGCGGGGGAAGGAAAUAUGCCUUGCCCAUGCUUUUUUUUUUCUGUUUAACAGUCAAUUAAGGUAUUGCCGACAUCAAUGUACUAAGCAUUCAAUGCACUUUUUUUUAUUUCUUUAUCAGAAAAGAUUGCAAUAAAGUUUGUGCAAUACAG